AUGGCGGACUCUCAGAGGAAACCGGUGUUCUUUUUCGACAUCGAUAACUGCCUCUACUCCAAAAGCACAAAGGUUGCGGAGAUGAUGUGCGAUCUCAUCGACAAGUACUUUCAAACACAUCUUUCUCUCACUCAGGAGGAUGCCAACAGCUUGCACCUGAGAUAUUACAAGGACUACGGCCUUGCCAUUGAGGGUCUUGUCCGUCACCAUAAGGUGGACCCCCUUGACUACAACAGCAAGGUCGACGAUGCGCUGCCCCUCCAAGAUGUCAUCAAGCCCAAUCCUCAGCUGAGGAGAAUGCUUGAAGACAUUGACCGCAGCAAGGUCAGACUAUGGCUGUUCACCAACGCUUACGUCAACCAUGGCAAGAGGGUUGUCAAGCUGCUCAACGUCGAAGACCAAUUUGAAGGGAUUACGUAUUGCGAUUAUGGCGCUGCCGAAUUUGUUUGCAAACCGCACAAGAACAUGUUCGCCAAGGCCAUGCAAGACGCUGGUGUUGAGAACCCGGAGGACUGCUACUUCGUUGAUGACUCGUUCAUAAACUGCAAGGCGGCAAAGGAACUCGGCUGGACGGCUGCACACCUAGUCGAGUCCUCAGAGUCAAAGCCUCCGCAGCAAGCAUCUCAGUACGAGAUUAAACACCUGGAACAGCUCCGCAACAUUUACCCGCAGUUUUUCAAGACGUCGUCUACGAACGGCGCUUGA